AUCAUUGACUCUACUGUAGGAUAACCUAACCUCAUAGCAAAGUUUGACUCAGUGAAACAUACAAGUGAAAAAUGUUGAAAUAUCUAUCUGCUAUUUGCCUUUUGGUUUUGAUGCCGAUCCUGGCGCUACAAAAUGGCCUCCACCAUGAUCCACCGAUGUUUCCUGUACCUGGAGACACACACAUCCGGAAGGCACAGAGCCUGGUGCAGCGGUACACCAACAACAAUUACGUCCAAGUGUUUUGUUGGAAAGGGGAGCCAUUUUCCUUUUUGACGAUUUUCAACAGCAAUUGCCUCCAUUUGGAAAUCGAAGAAGGAGCGGAGUACAGUCAGUACAUGGAGGAGACAGACCAUAAGAUCCACCUGGCCCGUGAGCAUCAACAGGAGUGGGCCGAGGGCAAGGCCGUGACGGCCAAGGAUAAGUACAUCAAUUUGAGGGCCAAUAAGCCUAUCUGCUAUGGGAUCUACACGGACCACGGCUUCAAACUGACUCUGGAGACCACCAACACCGACAAGUGGCGGGUGACAAAGUUCUGCCUGGGUUUCCUCCUGUGGCGGGCUGCGCCACGCGUCGGGGCCUCUCGCCGUUUGCUGUACGGCCUGGCGGCAUUCCUGGGGCUCCAACUGGGCACCUGGAUAACGAUUUACGAUACUGGACAUCUCCGGCUGUUGCGCGAGGGAUCCCUGUCGACGGCGUUGCACGAGGUCUUCUACGAGCGGCCCAGCAUGUUGGUGCGGGCUUUCUGUGCCUGCUGGUGUGCCCUCUGUUUGGUCUUCCAGCGGCUAGAUAAUCGCCAAACUGGUCGCCUCAAUCGUUUCAUUCUCAGAGGCAUCGCCUGUUGGUCGAUCUUCAGUGCCUCGGAUCACCAGUCAAUCGGCUUCUUCUGUCUUGCCUGCAUCUUUCUCCAUCCCAUAAUCCGUGCGAUGCUCCGUGCCAAGACUCCGGCUGGGCAGGAAAACUACCAACAGCAGUAUGCCCAGCGACUCCAGCAGCAGGCCAACUUAUUGGCUGAAGACUCCUUUCGUUGGGCUAUUCCGAGGUCCGCCAGCUUCGGGGCAGGUGCCCAGACAUUCUCGGGUGCAAUCCAGACAAGGAUUUCCGCUUCUCAAGGGACUGGACAGGAGCCACUGAUGUAUCACACCAGCGGGGAUUCGAUCGUCUUCGGGGGACGCUUUGUCCCCACCGAUCCCCCACCGCCGCCUGCGGUGGACUAAAAACUGAGCCUAAAUGCUACACGCGAUCAAUGGUGAUCCUCCCAGAAGGCUGACCUCUACACCUCUACACCACAACCACAAGAUAUACACAAGAAAAACGAGGGUAAUCAGCGGGGGAAGGUUGGAGAGGAAAAGCACAGGCAAACUGAAAGAAAGAAGGCAAAACUGGAGGGAAAUGCAUUUGAUAAUUGAAAAGCAAAGCGCACAAGCACACGCACACACACUCACACAAGCACACCCACACACACACACGAGGCAGGCAGUAGGCAGCACGCAGCACGCAGCAGGCAGCAGGCAGCAGGCAGCAGAAGCACACGUGGAAAACCUACAUCAUUUUCAGAGGAGAAAAACCUUUUCACACAGGAAUACAGAGAGAGAGGGAGGGAGAGAGAGAGAGAGAGAGAGAGGAAAGUGCCCUCAAGGCAGCGGGCGGACAAGGCAGGACACGAGAAAUCGAAUCGGAAGCCAAAGGAUGGAACAUUUCAACAUUUUGCCAUGGAAACACACUUUGGGGGGUGGCGGAGUUGGGGCAGCGGGGGCGUGGCAAGCAAAGUGAUUCGAAAGGCAGCACAAAGUGGAGUCCAAGGAGGGAGCCCACAAACGGAAGCUGGCGUCCUGCCGCCCAAGCCAACGCCAGCCCAAGAAAAAAUCCCUAGGAAUAAAGUCCGGGCCAUACAAAUAGCACAGGGAAUUUCCAUAGGAAUACGAAACAAAGUUUGGCUAAAGAGGGGGUAAAUUUAUUUUCCAUAAUUUUUACAUUUUAUCAAUAAAGGGAUACAAAUUUGGGGUAAA